UCUACUCUUGCUGUCACUUUUCUGUUUUCUUUGCUAGAACUUUAUGUCAUAAUCAUUAAUUAUAAUUAUCCUUCAUAGACUUUGUCUUGGACUACUUUUUUCUUCUCUGUUCUCUCUUUUGGUGAUCCAUCGGCUUGCAUGAAUUCUGUCAUCAACUCAAUGCCAGAUGAUUCUUAGAUCUAUAGCUAUUUCUGUCCUCUCUGCUGAGUUUCAGGCCCUCAUCAUUAACUACCCAUUAGACUUUUCCAACUGAAAGUCCAUAGGCAUCUCACCUUCAACAGAAUUUGUUGUCUUGUCUUCAGAAUUUCUCAUAUUUCAAACUUCUUUCUUAGUUAGAGCUACUGCCAUUCUCCAGUUCACCAAAAUCAGAAUUUUGCCAUCAUCCUCAUCUCCUUACUUUCACGCACUUCAAAGAUGUCAGUCAGAUACUGAAUUUUAUCUUUUCUCUAUAACAUAUCAUAUAUACAUUCUUUUCUCUCCACUUGCUCUGAUAUCACCUUAGUUCAGUCCCUAAUCACCUCUUGUCUUAGCUAUUAUAAUGGAGACCAGUUAGUCUCUACCUGAAAUCUCUUCUCAUUCAAGUGUACCUUCCAUAUGCCAAAAUUACUUUCUUUAAGUGCAGCCCUAAUCAUGUAAUCUCUCCUCUUAAGCUCAGUUAAUAAAUUCCACUAGCUCCCCGUUGCUCCUAGGAUCAAAUGUAAACUUCUUUUUCAUCAUGUAAGCUUUUUUUUUUUUUUUUUAAACCAAAAUCAAUACUUCCUAUGUUUUGAAUCUUCUUAUACUUUACUCCCAUUCAUACAUUAUAAUCAGCAAAACAACCAUGACAGAGCCAUGUAACAAGAACCCAAAGAAAUUCAGUGAGAGGGAUAUUCUUUUCAUGAAUACAUAUUCUCACCUCUUUCUAUGGUUUUUGGGGGGUUUUUGUGUGUUUUUUUCCCCUUAUAUUCUACUAUUAUAUGCCAUAGAAGAUCUGUCCAGUGUCCAAUGUGUUAAAAGAUUUCCUUUAUGUAUUGUUACAUAUUGGUUAACAGUACAGAAUAGGAUCAUAAGUUUAGAGCUAAAGGUGGUCACCUUAGAGAUAAUCUGAUUCAAUUCCCUCAUUUUACAUUUGAGGCCCAUUGAGAUUGAGCAGCUUGCCCAAGGUCUGUCAGUUGGCUAGCAUUUAUUAAAUGCCAGGCACUGUACUAAGUGGUGGGGGACACAAAGAAAGACAAAAAAACCCAGUUGUUGCUCUUAAAUAGUUCACAGUCAAAUAAGGGGAGGAAAAACACACAACUCUGUAAGCAUAGAUUUAUCUAGGAUAUCUAAGAUACAUUAGGAGUAGUUGCAGAGAGAGGGUACUGAAGUUAAGGAGGAUUGGGAAAGGCUUCUUGCAGAAGAAAGUUUUCUUCAACUGACAUUGAAGAAAGAAGGUAUUUUCCAAGUCUGAGCAUGGAUUACUUGGCUCACCCUGGCACACUUGGCCUGGCUGCUGGAGUUGCCUGUGGCAUAUGUUUGGGCUGGGGCCUCGGAAUCCGAUUUGGAGUAACCCCCAGGACCCCAUCAGUGAGUAGUUCAAAUCCAAUGAAUAAGAAAAGCCCAGAGGCCCACACUGAAGCCAGCAUCUUGGGAGAAAGUGGGGAGUUCAAGAUGAUUCUUGUUGUCCGCAAUGAUCUGAAGAUGGGGAAGGGAAAAGUGGCAGCUCAGUGUUCUCAUGCUGCUGUUUCUGCUUAUAAACAAGUACAAAGAAGAAAUCCAGAGCUUCUGAAAAAGUGGGAGUACUGUGGUCAGCCCAAAGUGGUGGUCAAAGUGCCUGAUGAAGAGUCUCUAGCUGAAUUGCUUACUCAUGCCAAAGUGCUAGGACUAACUGUGAGCUUAAUCCAAGAUGCUGGGCGUACUCAGAUAGAACCAGGCUCUCGGACUGUCCUAGGAAUUGGGCCAGGACCAGCAGAUUUAAUUGACAAAGUUACUGGCCAUUUAAAACUUUAUUGAGUUGCAUUUUGUAUGGUGGUGGGUCCAAGGGUUCUUAGACUCAACUUCCAUUGUGUUCUGACAGUGAAAGACAACCUACCCUUUUAACUGUUUUUUAACUUGAGUUCUUGGAAUGAUAAUAAAGUUUGUUCUGGUUUUCAGA